AUGGAGCAGUUUGAGAAACCGAAAUCACAAGCCGAGAAAGGAGCCUUCGAGAAGAUAAAGCUUUAUCUUUUGAAGAAGUCGUUGCCGUCCCCCACUGAGCGAAGCAAGUUUGAUCACGACUUCGCCAUCUCCACCUCCUUUCAUGGGGUUCACAAUAUUGUUCGGAACCAGAGCAAGAUCCGGAAGACCAUCUGGUUAGCCGUGGUGCUGGGCUCCGUGUCACUGCUGGUGUGGCAGGUCUACAGUCGCUUGGUCAACUACUUCACGUGGCCCACGACCACGGCUAUAGAGGUGCAGUACGUGGAAAAGAUUGAGUUUCCUGCUGUGACAUUCUGCAAUUUGAACAGGUUUAAAACAGAAGCUGUAGCCAGAUUCAGCAUCAUUUUCUUCCUGUGGGACGUUGUGUCCAAGGUCCUCCAUGCUCAGGAAAUCAAUGCCAACUCCACCAGCUCUCACCAGGCUGCUGUCUUUGUUGCGACUCACCAGGAUUUCAGCAUUAAAGAGUUUGUGAAGAACAACGGGUUCUAUCUCAACAGACGCACGCUGCUGUCUUGUGACUUCUUUGGAAUGCCGUGCGGCCCGGAGGAUUUUAAACACAUCAUCACUGAAUAUGGAAACUGCUUUACUUUUAAUCAUGGUGAAAAUAUGCAAGCAAAGAAGAAAGUGAGUGUGUCUGGGAGAGGCUUGAACUUGGUCUUCGACGUCCGCCAGGAGGAAUUUACGGACAGCCCAGCCCUUGGCUUUGCUGAUGCAGGGAUCGUCUUUGCCAUCCACUCACCUAAAAAGGAGCCACAGUUCGACGGCUUGGGCUUGUCCUCACCGGUGGGGAUGCACGCCAGGGUGACAAUCCGCCAGCUGAAGACGGUUCACCAGGAGCACCCCUGGGGCGAGUGCCGGCCUGACGUCAAGUUGCGCAGUUUCCGCAGCUACAGCACCUUCGGCUGCUUGAAGGAGUGCAGGGCGUGGCACAUAGAGCGGCUGUGCCGGUGCCUGCCCUUCAUGCUUCCAGGAAAUGGGAUAGAAUGUGACCUACAAAGAUACUACAACUGUGUCUCUCCCGUCAUAGACCACAUAGAGCUGAAGGGACUGUGCACCAUGGGAACACACAACUCCAGCUGCCCUGUGUCCUGCGAGGACACCGAGUACCCGGCUGCCAUUUCUUACUCCACCUUUCCAAGACAGAACGCUCUGAAGCAUCUUUCCAAGAAGAUGAAUAAAAGCGAAGACUAUAUCAGAGAGAAUCUAGUGAACAUUGAAAUAAACUACAGUGAACUGAACUAUAAGAUAACCCAGCAGCAAAAAGCAGUCAGCGUGCCAGAGUUACUAGCAGAUGUCGGAGGCCAGCUGGGCCUGUUCUGUGGAGCCAGCCUGAUCACAAUUAUUGAAAUUAUUGAGUACAUAGUCACCAACUUCUACUGGCUCUGCAUUUUCUUUUUGCUGAAGAUACCUGAAGCGAUGCAGCGGAUUGCGCCCUCUCAGAAGCGGCCUGCGAAUAAAAAUAAGAUAGAAGAAUGCUGA